UCGAGACAUCAUCAUGGCUUCGGAGAGGCCGUGGGCCUACCCCACCGAGCAGGUGCUCGCCAGCCACGGCGUUGACCAGGGGCAGGGCCUCGCCGACGCAGAGGUGGAGCUGAAGCGCGCAGAGUUUGGGACCAACGAGCUGGACAAGGACGAGGGCACGCCGCUCUGGAAGCUGGUCCUGCAGCAGUUCGACGAUCUCCUCGUCAAGAUUCUCCUCGGCGCUGCCGUCCUCUCCUUUGUGCUCGCCUUCUUCGAGGACAGCGAGGAGGAGGGUCUGCAAGCGUUUGUUGAGCCGUUCGUCAUCCUGCUCAUCCUCAUCAUCAACGCGGUUGUCGGUGUGUGGCAGGAGCACAACGCUGAGAAUGCCCUCGAGGCACUCAAAGAGCUGCAGGCGCGCGCCGACGCCUCCCGCGCCCUCUCGCGCGCCGCCGUCUACCGCAACGGCCAGCUCGUGCCUGACCUGCCUGCGGCGGACCUUGUGCCGGGCGACAUCGUCGAGGUGUCCGUCGGCGACAAGGUGCCCGCCGACUUGCGCGUGCUGCGCCUCAAGACCACGACGGUGCGCACCGACGAGGGCGCGCUCACGGGCGAGUCGGAGACGGUGAUGAAGCACACCGAGCCGGUGGGGGCGGAGGCGCGCAUCCAGGACAAGACCAACAUGAUGUUUUCGGGCACGACCCUCUCGGGGGGCGGCGCCUUUGGCGUGGUUGUCGCGACGGGCAUGCGCACCGAGAUCGGCAAGAUCCAGGCCAACGUCAAGGAGGCUGCGGAGGACGAGGAGAAGACGCCGCUUGGGCAGAAGAUCGACGCGUUCGGAGAGAUGCUCGCGCGCGUCAUCGGCCUCAUCUGCAUCGCCGUCUGGGUGAUGAACUUCUCUAAGUUCGCCGACCCGGUGCACGGCGGCUUCUGGCACGGCCUCAUCUACUACCUCAAGAUCGCCGUGGCGCUCGGCGUCGCCGCCAUCCCCGAGGGCCUCCCCGCCGUCAUCACGCUCUGCCUCGCCCUCGGCACGCGCAAGAUGGUCAAGCGCAACGCCAUCGUCCGCAAGCUCCCCUCCGUCGAGACGCUCGGCUGCACGACCGUCAUCUGCUCCGACAAGACGGGCACCCUCACCACCAACCAGAUGGCGGUGGUGGCGAUGGCGUACCCGCGCUCCGCGCCGGACGACAUCGCGGAGCACGUCGUCACUGGCACCUCGUACAGCCCCGAGGGCGAGGUGGUUGGGCUCAGCCUGUCCGCCGACUCGGGCGUGCUCGACAUCGCGAGGGUGUCCGCGCUGUGCAACCAGGCCUCGAUCCACUACGCGGGCGGCAAGUACGAGCGCGUCGGCGAGCCGACCGAGGCGGCGCUCAAGGUGCUGGCCGAGAAGAUCGGGCUUCCGGGCGUGCCUCGCACCAGCGACCCCGCGCUUGCGUGCUGCCAGGCCAACGGCCACUGGAUAGCGCAGAGCCCGUGCAACGCGGUGCUCGAGUUCUCGCGCGACCGCAAGUCGAUCCCCGCGCGCGCGACGCGCUCCCGCGCAAAGGCGUCGGGCGGCGCAAACAUGCUGUACUGCAAGGGCGCGCCCGAGUCGGUGCUGCCGCGCUGCACGCGCGCGCGGCUGGCCAACGGGACGACGGUCAGCCUGUCGGCGCCUCAGCGGGACGCGCUCCUCGCCUACGUCUCCGGCAUGGCGGCGCGCCCGCUCCGGUGCCUCGCGCUCGCCAUCGCCGAGGACGUCGGCGACUUGGCGGACUACGACGGCCCGUCGCACCCGGCGCACCACAAGCUCGUCGACACGGCCGGCUUUGCAAGCAUCGAGAAGGGGAUGACCUUCGUCGGCCUGGUGGGCAUCAAGGACCCCGCGCGGCCCGAGGUCGCGCCGGCGAUCGCCUCGUGCAACACGGCGGGCAUCCGCGUGGUGAUGAUCACCGGCGACACGAAGCCCACCGCCGAGGCCAUCGCGAGGGAGAUUGGGAUCUUCCCCGAGGGCGAGUCGCUGCAGGGCCGCUCCUUCACCGGCGCCGAGUUCUUCGCGCUCUCGGCGGAGAAGCGGCGCGAGCUGCUCACCGAGCACCGCCACUCGAUGGUCUUCUCGCGCACCGAGCCGCGCGACAAGCAGGAGCUCGUCAAGAUCCUGCGCACCGCCGGCGAGGUGCCCGCGAUGACGGGCGACGGCGUCAACGACGCGCCGGCGCUCAAGCAGGCGGCCAUCGGCGUGGCGAUGGGCAUCGCGGGCACCGAGGUGGCCAAGGAGGCGGCCGACAUGAUCCUGGCGGACGACAACUUCGCGACCAUCGUCGCGGCGGUGGAGGAGGGGCGCGCCAUCUACAUGAACAUGAAGGCCUUCAUCCGCUACCUCAUCUCGUCCAACAUUGGCGAGGUGGCCUCCAUCUUCCUCACGGCGCUGCUCGGCUUCCCCGAGGGCCUCAUCCCGGUCCAGCUGCUGUGGGUGAACCUCGUCACCGACGGCCCGCCCGCCACCGCGCUCGGCUUCAACCCGCCCGACCCGGACAUCAUGCGCCGCCCGCCCCGCCGUGCCGACGACCAGCUCAUCACGCCGUGGGUCUUCUUCCGCUACAUGGUCGUCGGCUUGUACGUCGGCUUCGCCACGGUCGGCGUGUUCGGGUACUGGUACACGGCCUACGACUGGUCCGAGUACGGCCACCCUCUCAUCUCGGUCUCGCACCUCUCAAACUGGGGCAAGUGCUCCCACUUUGGCGAGAUGGCCGAGUAUGCUCCCGACUUCACGACGUGGGCCGCCAACGGCGGGCUCGACCUGUCCGCCAAGCCGUGCGACUACAUGACGGGCAGGGCGAAGAACACGGCCUCCACGCUCUCGCUCUCCGUCCUCGUCACGAUCGAGAUGUUCAACGCUCUCAACGCAAUCUCGGAGGACGGCUCGCUGCUGCAGGUGCCGCCGUGGGUCAACCCGUGGCUGCUGCUCGCGAUGUUCGUCUCCUUUGGCCUCCACUUCGUGAUCAUGUACGUGCCCGUGCUCGCGACCAUCUUUUCGAUCGUGCCGCUCACGCUCAACGACUGGCUCCUCGUGCUCGCCUUCUCCUUCCCCGUCAUCAUCGUCGACGAGGCGCUCAAGCUCGUCGGGAGGGUGCGCGAGCGCGCGGCCUUCCAUCGGCGCAUGGAGAAGGAGGAGUAG